UGCCGAUGCAGGUUUUAACUAGACUCUAAAGAGAGUAACUUUCCAAACAGUGGAUGCAGCACCACCUGCUCCACCUGCGUUUUUCUCAGUGGUGAAGGAAGGAAGGCGAGAUGGGCAAACCUGAAUAGUUGCUUUGGUUCUGGAUUACUUUUUGAAAGUUCCUGCAAUAAAUUAUCAAGAUGCCAUGAGAUAUAUAUAUAUAUAAUAUAAUAUGAAUAUGAAUGCAUAUUAACAUUUAUCUCUGAAGAUUUAUCAAAAAAUUAUAAGCUGCUGUGCAAGGACUUAAACAUACGUGAGUUUGUGUCUAUUGAUACCACUUUGCCUCUGGAGAUUAAUAUAAUACAAAAUAUAACAUUUUCUUGACACUGGAUGUUGUAACUUCAUUUCAAUUAACUGUCUUAAAUUCAAACAUAUAAAUAAUUAGAAUUUAAUUCAUACUGAAACAUUUAAAAACAAGACAAGUAUUAAAUCCGGACUUUAGCGGCCCCUUUUUUAUUUUUGCCUUUAUUUCGCACUCAGGACGCCACAGAUGACUGGAUUCUCAUCACCUUUUAAUGACUCUUCAACAGUUAACGCUCCUGAAACGAGGUCGAACUUUUUGUUGUGUGUUUCAGCGUCUUUCAGCCUGACUCUGGAGGAAAAGACUCCGGAGGGUGAGACCUUCCUGACUUUGGCGGUGAAGGCCAGUUUGUUGGAAAAUGCGAAGAUGCUGCUGGACCACGGAGCUUCUCCUCACACCACCAACGGCAAGAACGAGUCUCCCCUGCUUUUAGCAGUCCGGGCCGGAUCCCGUCGGAUGGCCGCCUGUCUGAUAGCCGCAGGAGCUCGGGUGGAGCAGGUGUGUCUGAGGAAGUGGACGGCGGUGCACGAGGCCUCCAGGGCCGGCCGUGUCCACGUCAUGGAGCUCCUGCUGCGGAGCGGAGGUCAGGUUUCAGAGACAGACCAGCAUGGAGUGACCCCUCUGGGGAUCGCUGCAGAAUAUAGCCACCCCGAGGUCCUGGAGCUCCUCAUCAAACACGGUGCCGACGUAAACGCUCAGGCGCCUAACGGCGACAGCGUCCUGUACGACGCUGCAGGGUCGGGGAAUCCGGACUGCAUCGACAUCCUGCUGCGGCACGGCGCAAAUCCCAACAUCCGCAACCUGAGCUCCCAGCUGCCCAUCCACCGAGCGGCGUACGAAGGACACUACCUAGCUUUGAGGAUUUUGAUCCCGAUCACCACUCGACGGGCCCUGCGGCUGUCCGGCCACAGCCCUGUCCACUCAGCCGCCGACGGAGGCCACGCCCACUGCCUGGAGCUCCUGCUGCAGAACGGUUUCGACGUCAACGCGCUGUUAGCGCCUCACAUCUCUGAAAACUACGGGGACAUGCGGAGGAGCCCGCUCUACUUCGCCGUCUCCAAUGGGGACACGACCUGUACCGAGGUACUGUUGAGGUCGGGAGCCGAACCUGACCUGGACCCGCUCUGCUGCCUCCUGGUGGCGGUCCGGUCGGGACGCUACGCGAUCGUGAAGCUGCUGCUGGCGGCCAAAGCAGACGUGAACUGUUACUUCAGGGUGGUGAACGACACGGUGUUCCCCACGGCGCUGCAGUACUGCCUGAAGGACGAGGUGAUGAUGCGGCUGCUGCUCAACAACGGCUACGAUGCCGAAAAGUGUUUCUGUUGUAACCAUGACGACGGCUGGGACGACCUGAGUGCGUCUGAUCGCUCGGAGCAUCGGGAGGAAAAAGUCGCCUUUUGUGACUUCGUCAGCGUCUCCUGGCUGGUGAACCUGGCGGGCCGCGUCGUGUCGACCCUCCUCGAAUACGUCGGUCAGGUUUCUCUCUGCGGCAGACUGACAGAGAUCCUGGAGAAACACAGAGAGUGGCCUCUCGUUCACCGGACCGUACGCAACCCUCGCUCUCUAACUCACCUGAGCAGAGUGGCCAUCCGGAAGCACCUGAGCUGCAGCGGCCUGAUGUCCGUCCAGCUGCCCAACAGGCUGAAGGACUACCUGCUGUUCAAAGAGAACGACCUGUACUCCAAAAUCAUCUGCGGGGAGGACUGAGUCUACUGAGUCUUAAACAUCACCAAUGACUUUUAUGAGAGUGUGUGUGUGUGUGUGUGUAUAUUUUUUUUUUCUUUAACUUUUGUGGUUUAUUCAACGGGGCCUUUUAUUUAUCAAACUUAUUAGAGCUACACUUGAGAAAGCUCUGAAGAACCAACUCAGGAAUCCGUGAGUGUGAGCAGUAAGACACAAAAUAAGGUUGUGUUCAAACAGACUGCAUUCGUACUACAAACAGGCAAAGUUUUUCCAAAAAGGAAAACUAAAAAACAAAGUAAACUGUGGGUGUUGGUAGAACGGCUUCGGGAAGAGAUAUUGUAAAACAACAAAAAAGUAUCAAAUCUUAAGAAAGACAUUUCGCUUCCGUAACAGUUUAUGAUGAUCAUUAGUAUGUAGUAUGGAUGAGGGACACUGUGAAGGAUCUUCCUUACAUCUGCCACUU